UUGAACGUAUGUAGCACGGUCCGCGUUUCCCCCUUGCAUACACGGCAAUCCCCAUACCCACAAGAUUUUUCUAUUUCAGAGAGCUUCAAUCGUCUUCUCCCUUGUAUAAUUAUGCUUGCCCAUCCUUCACAAAUCCCCCCAAAAUGGCACAGGCAUCGAGACCAUCUACUCCAUGUCCGCCUGAAUUGAAGAAUAUAUGUUCUAAACCUCUUUUAAUCCAUCCCGUUCAAACCAGGGAUUCUGAAUUGAAAAGUUUCGUGGUUAUGGCAACCAUAGUUUCCAUCUUUAGCGUCUGUUCAAUCAUCACUGCUAUUUAUUAUGUCUAUAUACGCAGGUAUUCCAACAGUACCCAUCGUGGGAUUUCACGAUCUCAUCCAUUUUCUCGCAGAGCAGCAGAUAUCUUCUUUUCGACCUCCGCCAGAGAAGGGCUUGACAAGGAAAUAGUAAAUUCCCUCCCUGUUUUUCUCUACAAGCCGGAAAAUUUCAGAGAUGGGUUAAGCUGUUCAGUUUGUCUAUGUGAAUUCGAGGAGAAUGAUAAGGCCAGGUUGCUACCCAGCUGCAAUCACAGCUUUCAUGUGGAUUGCAUUGAUAUGUGGUUGUUUUCUCAUUCUACUUGCCCACUUUGCAGGGCCAUCGUUGAAAAGCAGUGUGAUGCAUCUGUGGAAUUGGGUGAGAGACAAAUUGAGGUUUUGAUUGGGGAAGAAGCAGAUGAGAAUGCAACUGGUUCAGGAGAACAACAUGGUGGUUCUUCCAUUAAUGGCGAACAGGUGGAAGAGCACAGUAGAAUCACUGUUGUCAUUGACAUAAAGUAGGUUUUUCCAGGAUAAUUACAGAGAUUUUUUAUUCUCUUGAAUCCUUUUCUUAUAGGUAGUCAAGAUAUUUCGGAGUAGUUUACUGUACAUUUUACAGAGUCGACAGAUGUUUUUUAGGUGAUUAAAAAACAUGGCUUCCCCCUUUCAGUCGAUAAGGCCAAAAAUAUGAGCCCUGAAUUGUUUCCACUGAGUAAAAAUUUCUUUAUAUGUUUAGGGAGUUGAGCUGUGUAUAAUGUGUAAGUUUUGGUUUAAUUUAAUUAAGGAAAAAAUCUUCAUGUGUUGA